AUGGGUGUUGAUUUAGUUUCAAGACUUUCUGGUUAUGGGGAUAUCUUGUCUGUUUGGAGCAAAGAGCUUCGACAAUUGCACAAAGCUGAGAUGGAUCAGUGUCUUGCUACCAUGGGUAAUUUGCAAGAUUCUCGAGAUGCAGGUGACAUGCUUUCUUUCCUUGCUGCCAAAAAUCGAUUCCAUGAGCUUCUGUCACUUCGUGAACUUUACUGGAAACAAAGAGCUAAGGAAUUUUGGCUUGUUAAUGCUGAUCGCAAUAUCCAUUUUUUCCAUCAUGUAGCUUCUAUCCGUAAUAAAAAGAAUAGAAUUGGUUCCUUGAAAAAUGAUCAGGGAGUCUAA